AUGUACGGUACCGGCACUGGCCCCCAGACGGGUGUCUCAACCCCCCGAUCCAACGCCUCCCUCCGACCUCUCACGCUCACCCACGGCUCGCUGGAGACCUCUUUCCUCGUGCCGACCGCUCUCCACUACCACGCACAGCAGCUCAGGGACCGCUUCUCUGCCAGCCUCCCCACCGCCACAGAUGAGCUCGCGCUUGACGAAGAGCCAUCAUCCGUGGCCGAACUCCUCGCCAGAUACCUCGGCUUUAUUGCUAGCGAGGUUGAGAAGGGCGAGGAUGACGAUCAAGGCUCGUACGAGGAGGUGCUCAAGCUCAUUCUCGUCGAGUUCGAGCGUGGCUACCUGCAGGGCAACGAAGUCCACGCCCUCGUGGCAUCUCUUCCUGGCAUUGACGAGAAGAAGCUUAUUGUGAUCAAGAGCUACUACCAGGCCCGCCAAACAGCGGGACGUCCCAUUAAGGAGCACGAGUCGGCUCUGUUCCGCGCCGCCGAGGAUGGCGCUGCUGGCAUCUACACCAUCUUUGGCGGCCAGGGCAAUAUUGAAGAGUACUUUGAUGAGCUGCGUGAGAUCUACAAGACCUAUCAGCCUUUCCUCGCCCACUACGAGGCGACGUGCAAGGCCCUGGGUGUCAACCCCGGCAAGCUGCGAGAGAGGCUGAGCGGCUCCACCGGUCACUCGCAAGGUGUCGUUCUGGCUGCGGCCACUGCUGCUGCUAGCUCUUGGGAGUCGUGGAAGGAGAUCGCGCCCACGGCGUUCACCAUCCUCUUCUGGAUUGGUGCCCGUAGUCAGCAGGUCUUCCCCCGCACGUCGCUCACACCCAACAUGCUGCGCGAGUCCAUCGACAAUGGCGAGGGCACCCCCACUCCCAUGUUGAGCAUCCGCGACCUAUCUCAGGCAGAGGUCCAGAAGCACAUCGAUGCCACCAACCAAUACCUACCCGCAGACCGUCACAUCUCCAUUUCUCUCAUCAACAGCCCGCGAAACCUGGUCGUCACCGGUCCUCCGAUCUCCCUGUACGGUCUCAACGCCCAGCUGCGCAAGGUCAAGGCUCCCACUGGCCUCGACCAGACCCGAAUCCCUUACACCGAGCGCAAGAGCCGGUUCGUGAACCGCUUCCUCCCCAUUACGGCCCCCUUCCACAGCAAGUACCUCGCCGAGGCUACUGAGCUGAUCGAUGGCGACCUCAAGGAUAUCGAGAUCCUGUCCGAGGAUCUUGGCAUCCCUGUCUUUGACACAAACACUGGCAAGGAUAUCAGGGAGGAGGUCGAAGGCAACAUUGUUCCUGCCUUGGUCCGUCUCAUAACCAGAGACCCCGUCAACUGGGAGAAGGCCACCGUGUUUCCCGAUGCCACCCACGUGCUCGACUUUGGCCCUGGCGGCAUCUCCGGCCUCGGAAUACUCACCAGCCGCAACAAGGAGGGCACUGGCGUCCACGUUAUCCUGGCUGGAUCCGUCAACGGCACCGUCACAGAGGUCGGCUACAAGUCUGAGCUUUUCGACAGGGACGAAGAGCACGCUAUCCGAUAUGCUGUGGACUGGGUUAAGGAGUUUGGACCCCGUCUGGUGACCACCUCGCAGGGCCGUACCUUCGUCGACACCAAGAUGAGCAGGCUGCUCGGUCUUCCUCCCGUCAUGGUCGCCGGUAUGACGCCCUGCACGGUGCCCUGGGACUUCGUAUCCGCUACCAUGAACGCUGGCUACCACAUUGAGCUUGCUGGCGGUGGUUACUACAACGCCAAGACCAUGACGGAGGCCCUGUCUAAGAUUGAAGGAGCCAUUACCGCCGGCCGUGGUAUCACCGUAAACCUCAUCUACGUCAACCCCCGCGCCAUGGCUUGGCAGAUUCCCCUCCUUGGCCGCCUUAGGGCUGAGGGAGUCCCCAUUGAGGGUCUGACCAUCGGCGCCGGUGUCCCUUCCAUUGAGGUUGCUCAGGAGUACAUUGAAACUCUCGGCCUCAAGCACAUCGCCUUCAAGCCUGGUUCGUCCGAUGCCAUCCAGGCCGUCAUCAACAUCGCCAAGGCCAAUCCCGACUUCCCCGUGAUUCUCCAGUGGACCGGCGGUCGCGGUGGUGGCCACCACUCCUUCGAGGAUUUCCACCAGCCCAUUCUGAGCAUGUACGGACGUAUCCGUCGCACCCCCAACAUUAUUCUUGUUGCUGGCAGUGGCUUCGGUGGAGCUGAUGACACGUACCCUUACCUCACCGGUGAGUGGGCCAAGGGCUACGGCUACCCCCCCAUGCCCUUUGAUGGUACACUCUUUGGCAGCCGCAUGAUGGUUGCCAAGGAGGCCCAUACGAGCAAGAACGCGAAGCAGGCCAUCGUUGAUGCUCCUGGUAUUGGUGACGAGUCCUGGGAGAAGACCUACAAGGGACCUGCUGGUGGCGUCAUUACGGUUCGCUCUGAGAUGGGUGAGCCCAUUCACAAGCUGGCUACUCGAGGUGUGGUCCUGUGGGCAGAGAUGGACAAGAAGAUCUUCAGUCUUCCCAAGGAGAAGCGCGUUCCUGAACUGAAGAAGAACCGCGACUACAUCAUCAAGAAGCUGAACGAUGACUUCCAGAAGGUCUGGUUUGGCCGCAACCGUUUCGGUGAGACUGUCGACCUCGAGGAUAUGACUUACGGCGAGGUAGUCCGUCGCAUGGUCGACUUGCUUUACGUCAGGCACGAGUCUCGCUGGAUCGAUGCUUCUUACAAGAAGUUUACUGGAGAUUUCAUCCAUCGUGUUGAGGAGCGUUUCACCUCGAAGCCUGGCCAGGCUUCCCUGCUCCAGGACUUUGGCGAACUCGAAAGCCCUUACGAGACUGUCAAGAGAAUUCUUGCUGGCUACCCCGAGGCUGACACCCAGAUUAUCAACGCGCAGGACGUCCAGCACUUCCUCAUGCUCUGCCAGCGUCGCGGCCAGAAGCCCCCCACCUUUGUGCCCGCCCUUGAUGAGAACUUUGAGUUCUUUUUCAAGAAGGACUCGCUGUGGCAGUCCGAGGACCUCGGCGCCGUCAUUGGCCAGGACGUCGGCAGGACCUGUAUUCUCCAGGGCCCUACCGCCGCCAAGUUCUCCACCAUUCUGGACGAACCUAUCAAGGAUAUCCUUGAUGGUGUUCACGACGCCCACGUCGAGCGUCUCACCCAGGACUUCUACAGCGGCGACAAGAAGUCGAUCCCCACCAUCGAGUACUUCGGUGGUAAGCUGAACGAUACCGAGAUCCCGGUCGAGGAUGUCGAUGGUCUUCUUACCUCGUAUGAUGAGACGAAGAACACGUACCGCCUGCACCUUUCGCCGUCUGCCACCAUGCCCACUGAGGAUGCCUGGCUGGCUCUUCUUGCCGGACCCCGUCGCAGCUGGCGUCACGCACUCCUGACUUCUGAGGUUCUUGUUCAAGGUCAGAAGUUCCAGACCAACCCGAUGAAGCGCAUCUUCGCCCCCGUCCGUGGCCUUUUCGUGGAGAUCCACUACCCCAACGACCCUGCCAGGACCCGGAUCAUCGUCAAGGAGCAACCGCGCCACAACCAGUACGUCGACGUUCUGGAGGUCAAGCUUGUUGGUAGCAACGAGAUCCUGGUCAACAUGAUUAAGGACACCACUGCCCUCGGCGAGCCUGUGUCCCUGCCCCUGAAAUUCGUGUACCGCCCCGAGGCUGGUUACGCUCCGAUUCACGAGGUCAUGGAGGGCCGCAAUGACCGCAUCAAGGAGUUCUACUGGCGUGCUUGGUUCGGCAACGAGACUCUCGACCUCGAUGCUGACGUCUCCAAGCAGUUUGAUGGUGGCAAGGCUACGAUCACUGGAGAGGACAUCAACGACUUUGUCCAUGCUGUUGGCAACACUGGUGAGGCCUUUGUCGAGCGUCCCGGAAAGACAGUAUUUGCGCCGAUGGACUUUGCUAUUGUUGUCGGCUGGAAGGCUAUUACCAAGCCUAUCUUCCCCCGCACCAUCGACGGCGAUCUCCUCAAGCUCGUCCACCUGUCGAACCAGUUUCGUAUGCUACCCGGUGCUGAGCCUUUGAAGAAGGGUGACGAGGUCAGCACCACUGCUCAGAUCAAUGCUGUCAUCAACCAGGAGUCUGGUAAGAUGGUUGAGGUUUGCGGCACAAUUAGCCGUGAUGGCGAGGCCGUCAUGGAAGUGACGUCCCAAUUCCUGUACCGCGGUGUGUACUCGGACUUUGAGAACACCUUCCAGCGCAAGACCGAGACUCCUGUGCAGCUUCACCUCGCCACCACUCAGGAUGUCGCUGUCCUCAAGGCCAAGGAGUGGUUUAACCUUGACGACCUCCCUCAGGACAUCCAGCUUCUCGGACAGACUCUUGAGUUCCGUCUGCAGAGCUUCCUCAAGUUCCAGAACAAGACUGUUUUCAGCAGCAUCCAGACUUACGGCCAGGUGCUACUUGAGCUCCCCAGCAAGGAGGUUAUCCAGGUGGCUAGCGUCGAUUAUGAGGCUGGUGUCUCGCAUGGUAACCCUGUCGUUGACUACCUCGAGCGCCACGGCUCGCCCCUCGAUCAGCCCCUCAACUUUGAGAACCCCAUUCCUCUGAGCGGAAAGACUCCUCUGCAGCUUCGUGCGCCCUCUUCCAACGAGACGUACGCUCGUGUUUCCGGCGACUACAACCCCAUUCACGUUUCGCGUGUAUUUGCCGGAUACGCCAACUUGCCCGGCACCAUCACGCACGGCAUGUACUCCAGUGCCUCGGCCGAGGCCGAAAUCGAGCAGCCUGUGACGGCCUACGUGUUCACCGGUCAAGGUUCUCAGGAGCAGGGCAUGGGCAUGGAGCUUUAUGCCAGCAGUCCUGUCGCCAAGGAUGUGUGGGACCGCGCCGAUACCUAUCUGAUGGACAACUACGGUUUCUCAAUCACGAACAUCGUCAAGAACAACCCCAAGGAGCUGACCAUCCACUUUGGUGGCCCUCGUGGCAAAGCCAUCCGUGCCAACUACAUGGCCAUGACCUUCGAGACAGUGGCAGCUGAUGGCUCCAUCAAGUCGGAGAAGAUCUUCAAGGAGGUUGAUGAGAAGACCACUUCGUACACGUACAGGUCGCCUACUGGCCUUCUGUCGGCAACACAAUUCACACAGCCCGCCCUGACGCUUAUGGAGAAGGCCAGUUUUGAGGACAUGAAGUCCAAGGGUCUUGUGCCCCGCGACUGCACUUUCGCCGGCCACUCCCUCGGCGAGUACUCGGCACUUGCGGCCCUGGCCGAGGUCAUGCCCAUUGAGAGCUUGGUGUCCGUUGUGUUCUAUCGCGGCCUGACGAUGCAGGUUGCUGUCGAGCGCGACGCCGCAGGUCGCUCCAACUACUCCAUGUGCGCCAUCAACCCCAGCCGCAUCUCCAAGACGUUCAACGAGGAGGCACUCGAGUUCGUGGUCAACAUGAUCGCUGAGGAGACGGGUUGGCUGCUGGAGAUUGUCAACUACAACAUCGCCAACAUGCAGUACGUCGCGGCAGGCGACCUGCGGGCGCUCGACACGCUGACUGGCGUGAUGAACUUCCUCAAGGUGCAGAAGAUUGACGUUGACGAGAUGCGCAACAACCUCGCAGAGGCCAAGGAUGCGCUGCGAGAGAUUGUCAAGGGCUCUGCCGAGGAGACGCUCAAGAAGCCGACGCCGCUCGACCUCCAGAGGGGCUUCGCGACGAUCCCUCUCAAGGGUAUCGACGUGCCGUUCCACUCGACCUUCCUGCGGUCGGGUGUUAAGCCCUUCCGUUCGUUCCUGCUCAAGAAGAUCAACAGGACGACGAUCGACCCCUCGAAGCUCAUUGGCAAAUAUAUUCCCAACGUGACGGCUAGGCCGUUUGCGAUCACUAAGGAAUACUUUGAGGAGGUGUACAAGCUCACCAACUCGCCCAAGAUUGCGUCGGUGCUGGCCAACUGGGACAGCUACAACCAGGAUGCGCCGUCUAGCGAGGGCAGCAGCAUCAACGGUGUGGAGGGCGACUUUGGCUCUGCCGCGUAG